AUGGAGUUACUACUAGUAUUUCUACUCACAUUUACCUUAGUCAAUGCAGAAACUCUCAAGAUAACUUUUUGGAUUGAGCCCGUUCAGCGGACGGAGUUCGACGCAGAUAUGGCGGUGGUUCUCAAGGAACUAGAUGCCCUGCGCCUAGAUGUAAAAAUAGCCGAUACCUCCUUGACUCUGACCCGCUCGGAAGAUGGCUUGGACAUGCAGAGAUUCUGCGAAAUCCUAUCAUCUACCGGCACUAGUGCUGUGAUUGAUCUCACCUAUAGCCACUGGGAGGAGGGCUACAGUCUGGUCCGCUCCCUUGGAAUUGGCUAUGUGCGUCUGGAGCGAAUCAUGAGGCCUUUUCUGGACAUGUUUGGAGACUUUAUGCGCCAAAAGCGGGCCAACAAUGUGGCAAUGGUAUUCAUGAAUGCCCGGGACGCCAGCGAGGCGAUGCAGCAGAUGCUGAUCGGUUAUCCCUUUCGGACACUAAUCCUGGACGCAAGCCAGACCGAUCCUGGUCAGAAUUUCCUCGAGCGCAUCCGUUUGCUACGACCGGCGCCCACUUAUUUGGCAAUAUUUGCCCGUGCAGCAGCUAUGAACGGAAUUUUUGAAAAGGUGCAAAAGGCUGGUCUCUUCCAGCGUCCAUUGGAGUGGCACUUCGUGUUCCUGGACACCAGAGAUCGAGUUUUCAAAUACAGACGUCAGGCGGAACUGUGCACCCGUUUCACACUGAGUCCUCGAGCUAUCUGCCGUUCCAUGCCCAUGCCGGAUCUUUAUUGCGGAAGCGGUUUCACGAUGCAACGCGCCAUGCUAUUAAACGUACUUCGCAGCCUGAUCAAUGCGGCACAGGUAACUCCUGUUUAUCCGAAUCCCAUCUACCAGGACUGCAAUGCCACGGCUUUGUCCUCGGAAGUGACUGAACCUAUCGUAGAAGACGACUACAACUGGCUGGACAUGGUCCACUGGAGUAACUUCCUUACAUAUGCCUCGCCGGCACUGCGCUUCGACGAUCAGAACCAAAGUCCAGUGCCAGGUCUCACUUUUGCGGUUAACAUAUCCGCCGGGUACUACAGUUCCGAGCACGAGGCCAAAACGGAUCUGGCCGCCUGGUCAUCGGUGGCUGAGAUGCGAUUGCUCAACGAGACCAUAAGUCCGGCCCGCAGGUUCUUUCGGAUUGGCACGGCCGAGAGCAUCCCGUGGAGCUAUCUUCGCCGGGACCAGCGAACGGGCGAACUAAUGCGGGAUCGCAGCGGCACGCCCAUUUGGGAGGGCUACUGCAUCGACUUUAUCAUUCGGCUAUCGCAAAAACUGAACUUUGAGUACGAGAUAGUGGCUCCGGAAGUGGGCCAUAUGGGUGAGGUCAAUGACAGAGGCGAGUGGGACGGUGUGGUUGGGGAUCUUGUCAGGGGCGAGACGGACUUUGCGAUUGCCGCUUUGAAGAUGUACUCGGAAAGGGAGGAGGUGAUCGAUUUCCUUCCUCCAUACUAUGAGCAAACGGGCAUAUCCAUAGCUAUCCGAAAACCGGUGCGAAGGACCUCGCUGUUCAAGUUUAUGACGGUCCUGCGUCUGGAGGUCUGGUUGAGCAUAGUGGCCGCUUUGGUAGGCACAGCCAUAAUGAUUUGGUUCAUGGACAAGUACUCUCCGUAUAGUUCCCGGAACAAUCGUCAGGCCUAUCCGUAUGCCUGCCGAGAGUUCACCUUGCGAGAGAGCUUCUGGUUUGCCCUGACCUCUUUCACCCCGCAAGGCGGCGGGGAAGCCCCAAAGGCCAUUUCCGGUCGGAUGUUGGUGGCCGCCUACUGGCUGUUCGUGGUUCUUAUGCUGGCCACUUUUACAGCCAACCUGGCCGCUUUCCUCACCGUAGAGCGUAUGCAAACGCCUGUCCAAUCACUGGAACAACUCGCUCGUCAAUCCAGGAUUAACUACACCGUAGUCAAGGACUCCGAUACGCAUCAGUACUUCGUGAAUAUGAAGUUUGCUGAGGAUACACUGUACCGCAUGUGGAAAGAGCUUGCCCUGAAUGCCAGCAAGGACUUUAAGAAAUUCCGCAUCUGGGAUUAUCCCAUCAAAGAACAAUAUGGCCAUAUCCUUCUAGCCAUUAACAGCUCCCAGCCGGUAGCCGAUGCCCAGGAGGGAUUUGCUAAUGUGGAUGCCCACGAGAAUGCCGACUACGCUUUCAUCCACGACUCGGCGGAGAUUAAGUACGAAAUAACCCGGAACUGCAAUUUAACGGAAGUGGGUGAGGUGUUUGCAGAGCAGCCAUAUGCCGUGGCUGUUCAGCAAGGCAGUCAUCUCGGCGACGAGUUGAGCUAUGCCAUACUGGAGCUUCAAAAGGAUCGGUUCUUCGAGGAGCUGAAGGCCAAGUAUUGGAACCAAUCGAACUUGCGCAACUGUCCGCUGUCGGAGGACCAGGAGGGCAUCACCCUUGAGAGUUUAGGCGGCGUCUUUAUAGCCACCCUUUUUGGCCUCGUCCUGGCUAUGAUGACCCUUGGCAUGGAGGUCCUUUACUACAAAAAGAAGCAGAACAAAUUGGAGAUCACCCAGGUUCGCCCGAUGGAGGAGUCGUCGUCGUCGGGAGGGGAUUCCUCCACAGCACCUCCUACAGCAACCAGCAUCACCAAGCAGGCAUGGCACAUCCCCGUUCCGGAAACGGAUGAAAAACCAGUUAAGGUAUCACCACCACCCUCCUUCGAGGCAGCCACAUUUCGGGGUAAGAAACUUCCCGCCAGGAUCACUCUUGGCGAUGGCAAGUUUAAGCCUAGACAGGGACUCUACUCAAGGAAGAAUCUCGGUGCCUCCGACUCUCAAGGUGGCUACAUGGAAUGAAGAGAAAGAAAAAGAGUCGCGUCCGCGUUUUAAACUUAUUUUGCUACUGCACGUAAUCUAUAGAAAUUAAAAUUUUUAAAAAUAAAGCAAGCGAAAACUAAAUGAUUAUAAGUA